AUGGAGAAAGGAAAGUUCACCUCUAUGCCCCAGCGUCGAACAUGGCACUGGGGAACCAUCGUCUGGUUGGCAGCAGCCGCAGGGAUAGUGGGCCUAGUGGGGUUCGGUAAAUUCCCUACUGCGCCGCGCUGGGCCUUCCGAGACGAUCCUCAAGUCCAAGACUCGCCCUAUGGAUCAUUCCCACAAGCAGACGACCCAUUCAAGUUCAUCCCAUGCACUGAUACCAGUCGUCCGCCGCCACUGGAUGACCCGACUCCGCAGCAAUCAUGGGCCGCCCUCUUCGACGCCGAUCCGAAUCAUUGGAGCUGGGGAAGCACAGGUGGAAUUUACCUGUGUGGAUACUUAGACCUACCGCUUGAUUAUCACAACUCUUCAGACUCUCGUAUUGUCAGAAUUGCAGUUACCAAGUUCCAGGUCGCCGGUCUCGCCCGUAGGAAUGAUCAUAGUAUUUCAUCCAAGAGCUACAGGAGUGAGCGCACUAUCAUCAUAAAUCCAGGAGGCCCUGGAGGAAGCGGAACAUAUUUCCUUUGGGAGGCCGCAGAGGAGAUCACCAGCCGCUUUAGUGAUGGACAACUCGAUGUGCUAGGGUGGGAUCCCCGCGGUGUUAAUUUCUCCCUGCCCGCCGCGGCAUGUUACCCCCAAGACGGGUUCCGGGACCGAUGGUCACUGCUAGCACUCCGAUAUCGCGAGGAGGCCCCAAAGGCCCAACUGGAGUCUAUGGAUGCCAUGAACAACGCCACCUUCUUUGCCUGCCAGCAACGGCUGGGAGAUUUUGGCCGCUUCAUCAGCACGGCGUCGGUGGCAAGGGACCUGGACGAGAUCCGAAAAGCACUCGACGAAGAAGAAGUCACAGGAUAUUUGGUUAGCUAUGGUACGGGGAUUGGCCAGACAUAUGUCAACAUGUUUCCCACCCGAGCGGGCCGUUUGAUUCUCGACGGUACGGAAUAUGUCAGGGAUCAUCGCGUUUUAGGCGGCUUUGGCUGGACUGCUCUCGACAACACGACAGAUGCAUGGCGCGACGGGUUCUUAGGGGAGUGUAUCAACUCCGGUCCGGAGUGGUGUGCAUUGGCCAAUCCCGUUUCUAGCCAGGAUGGUCCCGUCACACUUCCGCAGUUGGAAGCCCGUAUGACCCAACUACUUGAGUCUCUGAAAGCUCGCCCACCGUCCGCGUACACCGAAUCAGCCGGGCCUUCUCUGAUCACUUACUCAGCGCUCGUCGAGAGGGUUCUCUAUCCGGCUAUGUAUAGACCGGCAGACUGGCCGCGUACGGCACAAAUGCUCUACGAGCUCGAGGCAGGGAAUGCAACUCUAGCAGCCAACUCCCUAGAUCUCUCAUGGAGCGAUCACUCUGAAAAGCUACUCUAUCCGCAUGUCCCAUCUUCCACUGAACUCGAUCUCCUCGUGAUAUGUGCUGAUGCGUACGAUGCACCCCUUCCCGACGGACUUGGAUGGUGGGAUCAGUUGUGGGAGACAAUGUCUGCCCAGAGCUGGAUAGCUGGAAACUCCCGCUUCUUUUCGGUUCUGCCUUGUCGAUACUACAAUACCUAUUGGGACCGUCCUUCGGAGGUGUAUCGCGGCGAUCUCAACAAUACUCUCAAGACUCCUGCUUUGCUUAUAGCUUCGCCGUAUGAUCCUGCGACCCCGCUGCGCAAUGGACGAAGGCUUCUAGCCGAGAUGGGCCAAAAUGCCCGGUUGAUUGUUAAUCAUGCUUAUGGGCAUAGCUCUAGACGUGAUAUGUCGGACUGCACGGAUCGAGUUGCUAAAGAUUAUAUUCUGCAUGGAAUUGUUCCCAAGGAACAGGAAAUCCAGUGCUAUGCCAAUAACAAGCCUUAUGUUCGUGAACUUGUCAGCGACGAGUGA